UUUCGGAUAGAUUAUGAAGGAUUCUUCUUAUCCGAUGUUACCGACAGAAUAUUAGGAUUAUAAACACUGAAAUUAGGAAUAUAAAUAUAGGAAAUAUAAAAUAGAAGUAUCCAUGAUUCAGGUAUAUCGAUUAAUGAUUAUAUUACUAAAUUGGUAUACAAAUUUGAAAUAUUGUAAGUAUCAUAUUGUUAUAACAAACGAUUCGUAUAAUAUGAGCGACAUAUUUAUCGUACAUACAGACAUGCGUAAAAUAAAAUUUUAUAUGCAAAAUAAUCAAUGUAUAAUAUGAUAUUAUGAAAAUAUAAAAGUGUCCCGAAAGAGUGAUCGAGUAACGAUUCGAAAUUCUACAAACAUAUUGUUACUUCGCAGAAGCAGCGACGAUCGUUGUAUUUCGGAAUUCGGACGCACUUUCGCGCGUCCCGUUAAUGCUUCAUCGGAUGAGAGUCUUUAGCGAUUGGAAGAAAAACAUAAAAAUAGAAUAUAAUUAUACGAAUAGCGGUGAGCAACGCAUGAGCUUUUUUGCCGGGGCAACAAGGCGAGUUUUGGAAAAUCGAUCGUGUUUAAUUAGAUAAUUUAUGUCCCGAGCGUCCAGCACAUUUACACGCGAUUACAUUGUAACGUUUAUAACACGAAAGCGGGCUUGAGUUCCGUCGAGCGGCCGAUGCAAAAUAAUUAAUGUAUAAUAAAACAAAAUAAAAUUAAGUUUUCUUUCAUCUUAAAUCAAAAUUAAACUCAUUUUCAUACCGUUACAAAUAAUACGUACAUCCCCAAGUAGAACAACUUAAUCACAAAACCGUCAAGAUGACAUUAAAAUGAUGAAUUUUUUGUCAUCAUAUGGUCAACGUCAAGAAUCAGUUUGAAAUGACUGGCUUGUGAUAUGCUGUUUUAUGAGACUCGCGAUAUAUGUAACAGUAUAUAUUGUUACAAAUUGCAUGAUCAGUCAUAAUUUUCUUCAGUUCUCAUAACAUAUUUCGAGUAUGCUCUUAAAUAGAAAAGAUCAAAUAAAAGUCAACGAACAGAUCAAAUAAAAGUCAAAGAGAAGUAUUAUAGUGUAAGUUAGUGCAGAAAGUGCAGCGAAAAAGAACAGAUCACGGAGCGCAGACAUCGCGCGAUCGCGAGCACCGCGCGCGGGAACGUACUCGUGCGAUUUUUUCCCUCCAUUUUGCAUCAUCCGUCGUGUCUCGUCGCGAGAAUUUUAUAGUCCUUAUAAUUAUAUCCGUACAUGUAUGUGUCGGCGUCAUUCUAUCAUUACGUGUAAUGUUAACAUUUUAUUCAGUGUGUACAUAUAUAUGUGCUUGAAAUUUUCUUCUUUUCUUUGAGAAAACUGUAAGUUUUAUAUCCCUAACCUAUAACAACAUUGAUACAUGUGGACAUUGGUGAUUCAAUAUGACUGAUAGACCGUAUGCAGUUGUUACUUUUCUUCCAAAUGAUAAGGAUACUGAACCAACAAGUGACGUUGUACCCACUUGUUGGCUACUUGCUAAGAAUACAAAGGCUUACUGGCCUAAUUUUCCUAAACGUGGGACUACAGAUAAACGAUCAAAAUUAAUAUUAAGUUUAGCUGAACCGGAUAAAAGCUGGCCUACAUACGAUGUUAAAUUUUGUCACGGCUAUGACACGUACAAUAAGGCACGAAAGGCAGCUAAUCUUCAAAAUGAUGAAGAUCGAACAGUAGGGACAGAAAUUAGUGAUAUAGACCAGCCCAGAAAAAGAAAGCAAAAUCCGAAAUAUAAUGUCACAGAGUCAUCCGAAUCCGAAGAUAAAUGUAAUACUCACACUGUUAAGAAGAGCAGGAAAAAUAAAUUGAGAGAUCAGUCUAGCGAUAGUGAAAAUGAAGAAAUGGAAGAAAAAGCUGUUCGGGCAAAAGUUGCAGCAUUACUAGCCAAGAGAAAUAAUGUAAAACCGCAAGUAUCUCAAAACAAGGCUAACAAGGAGGUUUCCAUGGUUACCAAAUCCAAAAAAUUAAUUAAAACACUCGAUUUAGAACAGAACCGUUCUGUUGGUUUAAAUGAUACUAUAGGAAGUGACCCACGUUCUAAAAAAACAUAUAAUCUGACAGAUGUUUCGCAUGCAACAACAGAAGCAAUAACCCCUAGUACCCCUGCUUCGUCUCCUCUGCACUUUCACCGACAAUAUGAUGAUAGAAUGAAUAUAGAUAGAAUGAAAGAACAACUUUUGUUAGGAAAUGAUUCUCAACAGUCAGAAUUUGUUUUACCAUCCAGUCCAGAAAUUAUACAAGAAGAAAGUAGAGAAGAAAUUAAUGCUGCAACAGAUAAUAAAUAUGGGAGCAUAAAUAUCUCGCAGAAAUUAAGUCAGUCUUCUGACUUAAGUGAUGAACAGAGAAAAAUAAUUACUUCUGUCACAGAUCAACCUACAGGUGUUAAAGCUGUAUCCAGUGGAAAGCAUUCCAAAGAAAAUAGAUCUUAUGAUGCAAACUGUAAAAAUUUACUUACAAAAUCGGUUUCUCCUUUUUCCAGUAAGCACCAAUCAUCAAGUAAGCAUUUAUAUAUAAGAUUCCGUCCAACAAAAAAUCGAUCACAGAGAUUGGACGAAAACUCAUAUGUUUUGCGCAGGUGUCUGUCUAUAGUACGUCUAGAAAGCCCUUCUCCACAGCGAACGUGCCAUAUUUACGUAUAUGGUAUUUAGUAGCGCGACACGCUCUCCCUACUUUACUUUGCCUAUAUUCAAAACGUGAUCGAUCUUUCGUUGGAUUGAGAAUAUUUUUUACAUUACAUUAAUAAUUUGUUUGCAUUAAUUAGGUGAUAACACUGAUGCUGCCAAAAAUAAUUAAGACAGAGUUACUUCAAGAAAUAAGUAGUAAACUUGAUUUUGUAAUGAUGAACACAACAAAAAUACUUACCUACUUAGCACCAGAAGAAAGUCUUCUUUUAAGACCAGAUAACCUUCCAGCGCUUCCUCUGAAGUCAGUUGAUGAAUAUGAUAAGUUUGAAGAGUUUUUAAAUGAUGGCACGAAUUUCUCAACAGUGGUACAAUAUUUUGCGGGCCGUAUGGUUAGUCAAGGUAGUGACUGGCAAAGUGCUGUAUACCUAGUAUCGAAACUGCUAAUAAGUAACAAAUUAGCAAGAGCAAUAAGUUGGAUAGGUACCAAAGACACCAAGAUCGCACUAGCAAACAGUAAAAUUAUGGAUGCUGUUUCUUGCGCUGUUCUGAAAAACCAUCCCAAAAGUGACUUAAAACUAGUAAAGUUAAAAAUACAAAGAUGGCUUUAUACGGGAAACCAAAGAAAAAUUUAAUUAUUUUUUCAAAUUUUUCUAGUCAUGGGAGAAUUACUUUGUGAUAUUUAAUGUUAAGGCUCCUAGGUUUCUCCCGUCAUUAUGUGAGAUCGUGACGUCAGAGGCUAGAAAUGACACGCUGAGAAUUCGAUCUUGCGUGCCAUUUCCAAAUAAAAAGAUAUUUGCGUAAAAUAACAUUUUAGAUCAUUUUAGCACAUUUCAAAAAUACCCUGAAAACUAUUCCAUUCCCUUGACAGUUAAUAAACAGCCGUAAAAUAAAUAUAAUACAAAGCCUAGUUAUGCGACUGCGUCUAUAUAAGCCUACAUUCAUAUUACAUUCUUUUAUUUACUCCUAUUUAUUAAUUGUCAAAGAAAAAAAAUAUUUUUGAAGUAUUAUUGAAGUAUGCUGAAGUGAUCUGAAGUGUUAUUUUAUGCAAAUAUCUUUUUAUUUGGAAAUGCACUGAAGAAUUCUUAGCGUGUGCAGAUUUCUCGUCUCUGACGUCACGAUCUCAAUGAUGACGGAAAAAGACCCGAGGCCAAUCAACGAGAAUUUUAUUUUUUUUUUUAUUUUUAAUGUGAUAAAACCAUGACAAAAAACUUUUAUUUUGACUGUGAAAUAAUACCAUGCAAUAAUACCGUGCAAUAAUAAAAUGUAUAAAUACAUUAAUUUUUGUUCAGGUAUUAGAUAAGUUCUAAAAGUUAUUUUGUGUUAUAUGUAUAGAUUAUACUCAUUAAUGCUUUCCUAAUAGCUGUGUUCUGGAGAUUUCUAUAGUGCACGUUACAUGUACUAUUGCCUUCAGGUGGAAGGCAUUAAUGACGCCGUCUGUACAUUUUAGUACACGUAUUUAGUACAUUUAAUUGUUCUUAAAAUCUUCAAUAAUUACCAAAGAUUAUUUUGUUUUAUGUUUUAUGUUUUUUUAUCAAAUUGUAUUAAGCCGAAAUGCACCAAUGUCGCAUAACCUCAGUUCAACUCAAUUUUCGUCUCUUUCUAAGGGGAACAGUUAGUCUAACUGUUUUCCUUAGAAACAGACGAAGAGUAAAGUGAAUUAAGCUAAGGUUAAAGUUAUGCGACGUUGAUGCAACCAUGCCUUAGUAUUUAAUUUUUCUUAAGGUUUAGAAUAGCUUCGUCUCUGUAAGACAUAUUUUUAUAUAAUAAAGAAGUCUCACAUGUAAUUAUAUA